UCCGUCCAAUUACAUAAUAAUUACUAUUUUGCUAGCCAACGUCACUUAGCAACGAGCAGCGAUGCUAGCAAGCUGUAAAAUAGUAAUACGCCUUUCGUAGUAAACGCUUAUCUUUAUAUUUCCAUGAAUUGCUGGGUGUUUCAUUUGAGUGUUAUUUUUUACGUAAACUAAAACAGCUAUUGCUUUUACGAGGUAUUGACCUCGAGGGGCUUACUUAGCUAGUUAGCGAGCCGACGCCCCGGGGGCUCUCACGUUCUUUAGGCAAGAUUCUGUCACACUCGGUGGUCAAUUAAAAAUGCUAUCUUACAUUGACCGAAUCAACCUUGUGUGUAAGAUUCCCCCGUGGUCCAUUUUCCUGCACAAAUGUCAAAGGGCUUUUGUGUCCAUUCUUGUCUACGUGAUGAAGCCCAUUCACAUCAUCAUGUCAAAGUGACCUACACACACACUGGACAAAUAAGUAGGUACACCUGCACGUUAUGCAGGGUUUCAAUACGAGAGAUGCAUUCACAAUUCUUCAUUUUCAUUGUUACUGGUACAUGUUAAUCUAGGGCAGUGCUUCUCAAUUAUUUUCUGUCACGCCCCCCAAGGAAGACGUAAAUGUUUCGCGCCCCCCCCAAACUCUCUGCCACCACUGUAAAUAGUAUCAUUUGUCUAUAAAAUUACUAUUAUAAAUACGCAUCUGCCUAACAUUGUGUCCUUUUUUUCUAAUAAAGAAAAAAAGUCACAUAGAUCAACUUAUAAUAAAGUAUAACUUUAUUAACAUUGUUUUGUUUGUAACAGAGAAGACUUGACGUGCAAAAUUCACAUCCAAACUAAAAAAUACACUCAAGGUACAUUUUUGACCAUUUGAUACAGAAAAAUAAAAUGUAAUAAAAUCAGUAAAUAAUAACAUAUUAAAAUUGAUUAGAAACAUUCUCUCAUGAGGACAAUAUGCCAAAAAAUUUGACCGAAAAAACAAAACUGAAUAAAAGAGAAAAAAAAAGUGUCCUUGGACUGGACAAUUUUUAUUUUUGCUGCUCACAGUAUUUACCUCCUUUGCAAUGGUGUGGAGUUAUUUUACAAUGAGCAUGCUAACAGUGCUCACUGGUUUACUGAUAUAACAUUGACAAAGCAGGAUGAUUGUUGGCAAUAUUCGGCACGUUUUCACUGAAAAAAUCAAGCGGCUUAACAAUGAGAUUGGGGUCUAAUGUCUUUAAGUGGCGUCUUAAUUGAUUUGGCUUCUGGCUGUCUGCUAUAAUUAUUUUUAGACACAGCAAACAGUGGUCUUUCAUCAUCACCCACUGUAUUAAAAGUCAAAGCUAAAAGGCAAAAGGCACGAAAAACGCGCAUUCACGGUGGCCGAGGUAGAACCGUAGGUGAAGGCGGUCGUCGUGACGAUCCCAAGCCGAAAAUGGCACUUCUCGGGCGGCGACGUGAGAACCGGACAAGACAGUGGGUCGCUGCGUGAGUGAGUCAGGUCGGAAAACGGCUUUCGAAAACGGCGGCGGCACACUGCUCUUCAUAUCUGUUGUCUGUGUGCGCUGAGUGCGCUUCCUUAGUUCAAAAAUACUGCGCGCACUCUGAAAAUGAGAGCGCCACUGCCACCUACUGAGUGGAUGAGCAAAUACACUUUAUUCCAGUACGGCAAAAAACAAAACAAAAAAAAACAUGUUCCCCGAGGUCACAUGCGCCCCCCCUGGCAUCGCGCUGCGCCCCCCCAGGGGGGCGCGCCCCACUAUUUGAGAAGUAGUGAUCUAGGGGUUAGCGCAUCUCACAGACAGUUCUGCUGUUUGGUGUUUGAAAGUUGACGUUCAUUUGUGGUGUGAGCAUGUUGUCCUUCUACGUUCGAAAAAAAAUCUUGACUGGCUUCCAGUCAGGAGAAUAGGGUAGUAGGGAGCUCAUAAUCCGAUACGAUAAUGAUUAUUUUACAGUAUGGCGAUACAACAAUUAUUGAUAUAUGGGUCAGGAAAUCAAUAUACGAUAGUUUACUAUUCACCUGGCUAUUUCAAAAUGGGGAAAGAACAAUGUUUUUGCACUUUUGCAAACAGUCUGCAAUGAACUGAGAAUACUACAUUGCAACAUUUAUGUAAAUAAAUUGAGCAACCCUAUAUUAUUGCAACAUUUUUGUGAAUAAAUGAGUGUCACUCUUAACAUCGACACUUUUGUAGUGGAAAAUUAUGGUAGCGACCUUUCAGGAUGCAAAGUAUUUCAAAAUUUCACCGUAUCAAUAUAUUAUCACGCCCCUACUAGGUAGUACACUAUUUUUGCCAGUAUCAGUUUAAAAAUGUGUGCGGUAAUCUGCAUUAUUUCCUUGCAGCAAUUUAUACUGAUGUAUUCCCCCAUAUUGUGUCAAAAUAGUAUUGCAUUUUAUCUUUGUUCGAUCGGGCCUAUCCCAGCAGCCAUACCGUGGACUGACAAACAACCACUUACACUCACAUUCAGACUUAAGGGCAUUUCGGUCAAGGGUCUUCAACUAACCUACCAUGCAUGUUGGACUGGCAAACAACCACUUACACUCACAUUCAGACUUAAGGGCAUUUCAGUCAAGGGUCUUCAACUAACCUACCAUGCAUGUUUUUAGAAUGUGAAGCUAGGGUACAUGUAUUAAAUCGCAAGGAUACAGUUAACAUGCUAAUUCCACACAAAACCCAGAACAUAACGCAAACUUUAACUAAUCUACAAUAUCACAUCAAUCUAUUCCAUUACACUUGUCCUCAAUAAUGUCAAGGGCAAACAGGAGCCUAUCCCUCCUGACUUUGGUCGAUAGGCAUAGAACACCCUGGAUUGGUCAGUAUUGCUUUUUUUCUGCAAAAGAUAAGUAGUAGCCUUAGGCAAACCUAAAUGUAUCGCAAAAUGUACUUUUCUUUUAUGCAAAACUUUCAAAUUCAAUUGCAGUGAUCCCUCGUUACUUUGCGGCUUAACUUUCGCCACCUCCUUGGAUUCCAGAUUUUUUAAUCUUGUUAUAAGUAUUUUGAUAUAAGAAUAAAAGAGUAAAAACGUAUUUGUCAUACUUGUUUUUUGAUGGUGUUAUACUUGUAUAGCGCCUUUCCACCUUUCAAGGCCCUCAAAGCGCUUUACACUACCCUGCCAUCCACCUGCUGGUGACGCAGCACAAGGAACAACGUGGGGUUCAGUAUCUUGCUCAAGGACACUUAGACGAGUUCAUCAGGGCGGAGAAUCAAACCCACAACCUCUGGAUUGGGGGACAACUUCUCUUACCACUGAGCCACGCUCCCCAUUUGUAAAAUGCAACUACACUACAUGCCUGAAUAGGUGUUCGUGUGCUAGUAUUUCUAAUGUAUUUAUUGAUGAAAUUUGUGGUAGCCCGGUUGGGACAGCAUCUUUAAGCUACAUGGUUGCCUAACACAGUCAAAUACUGGCCCUGGGCCAUAUAGCACUCUUUGAUGCAAAAUAUACAAUUUUCAGUCCGGCUCUUGGUCUGAAUUAAACACCAUUGUGCAGACAUACCUAAUGCUGUGUCUAGCAAGUAUGUAAUGUGUGUUUAGGGCAGACAAAUAAAUUGUUAUUACAAGCCAACCUCAGUACAUAAGCCUGAUAUCAGACCAUGCUUCUGCCCCAGUUUGUGUUACCCCCACUUGUUUUUAAUCGUGGCAAUCAAACACAUUUUAACUUUUGUGUGGAUGAAAGGUCAGUGUUUUAGCCUGUAUUCCUUGUGAAAUAUGUGGAGGGAGGAUGACACAAUAUUGCAUAACCACUGAUGGGUGGAACAUCGCACAUAAGAAAUGAAUUCAACAAUAUCUACUUACUAUUGCAUAAUUUUGCACCCUGUGUUCAUGGAGAUGAAUUAUAGUACAGUUUCAAGACAGGCACUGUAUUGUUUUGUAAAAAAGUUGGCAGCUUGAUGAAACUUAGCAUGCAGUUGUGGAAAUUGAUACAUUAGGACUGUUUGUGCUUGUCACAAAUACACUAAUUAAAUAAUUAAGCUCUUACCUUUGCAGUGAUUUAGUCAAAAGGGGUAGUUUUUGAAGGAAUCAUGUAAGUGCCACAUAGUGUGUCAGGUAGGUGCCAAUGCUCCUCGGAGCACGCUCCGUUUCUAACAGACUUCUGCAAAUGAUAGCUCUGGUAUGUUGAGGAUUGCUGUAAAGGUCUUUAGUGCUGCAGAAAAGUGAGCAUAUUUUUAAAUGAUUCAUUUUCAAAACAUUCAUCCAUCCAUCCAUUGUCUAUAGCACUUUUUCUAAUUAAGAUUUUUAACUCAUUUCAGUCUAGAUUUCGGCCGCACCACGGCACUGAGACUGUGCUUAUGAAAGCCUUACCUAAAUCAUAUUCGUCAGAACAACAACGCAGGCACAUAAUCUGUUCUGGAAUUACUGGAUCUCAGUCCCGCAACACGGUUGGUCAUAACAUGCUACUCAGCAGAUUGGAACAAUGGGUAGGGCGUACCGAAACUGAGCUUCAGUGGGUCAAAUCUUAUCUACUAAGAAAUCCAAAAUCAUGAGUCUGAAUGAACCAAAAUCACAUGUGGGAUUCCUCAAGGGUCCAUUCUCAGUCUGCUUCUAUUCAAUAUCUUUAUGCUUCCUUUAGCUCAGAUUAUGGAACAGUAAAUUAUCUCCUAUCACACCUAUGUAGAUGACACACAAUUGUACAUUUCAAUGUGUUGUCAAUGUUUUGGGCCAAGAAAGGAAAGGUCAAAAAUCAGCACACACCUUGGCAAAAUGUCACUUAAAGCUACAAAUCAAGCCAGAAAUCAUAGCAUAAUUAUUGACCCAGAGCUAAACUUUGACAGCCAUCUAAAAUUUGUCACAAAAUUUGCCUAUUACCACCUAAAACUACAGCCAGAUUUAUGGGACUUUAUUCCAAACAAGAAAUGGAAAAACUUAUCCAUGCAUUCAUUAUUUACUAGAUUGGACUUUUGUUGUGGUACAUUUGCACGUCUUAACAAAAACCACUCAGGAAGCUGCAGUGGUUUGCUGCAUGUUCCAAGAAAAAGAACCAAGCAGGGUGAGGCAGCAUUUAGUUACUAUGCUCCUCACCUCUGGAACAAGUUACUUGAAGGUCUGUAGUGUGCUCACACAGUUAGCUCCUUUAAAUCAAGGCUAAAAAUGCUAUUCUUUGUCAUUUUUGGCCAGAUCGCCUAUACCUAAACUACAGUAACCCUUUGUCCACUGUGAUUGGCAGGAAACAUAUAUAAAGUCAAAUGGGAUAAGCACCAGCAUACCCGUGACUCCAGUAAACCUUAGCGUUAUAGAAACUGAAUGGAUGGACCUCAGUUUAGCAUCAGUAACCUUAGCUGUAACCAUAUGUUCUGAAUGUGCAUUUAACAUUUCAUGCUGUUCUAUAUGCAGAGCAUUGUAUAGCUAACUUUGACUUCACAAGUUGAAAUCUACCCAUGGAAUAUAUUUUCCCAUUAUUUAUUGGCAUCAAAUGAAAACAGUUUAACAUACAUUGUGGUGUUAGUCAUAUAUUUUCAUUAGAAAUUCAUUUGGGACAUGAAAAUACUGAAAAAAUAAUAAUAAUAAUAAUAAGUGUGAAAACGACAACGAAAUUGUCCUGAUUUAGGCAUGUUUAUUUGAUUGAACAUAUGCAGUAUUAUAGUAUAAGUAUUGUAUAUCACAGACCACAAAAAUGAGCACAAGUGCUGUUGUUAUGCUUGUGCAUGUGCAUUGCUACUCAGUUGUGUUUCUUUACAAACUGACAAGGCAAAUUACUUGUCAGGCAUACAAUACAUACUCUAUUACAGUAUAUAUUUUUCAAUCUAUUGUUAUGUAAACAUCCCGUUCAUUAGAAAUAAGAGACUUAUCUUUUCUUUUGUCUACUUAAACGCCUGUUUCUGUAAUCACACCAGUGGCAGGUUGAUAUAUCAUCUCAUAUUUCUCAAUGUUCCAGACUGAUAUUGACAAAACUAAAUGAAACCACAGUUAUAUUAUGUACACGGUGAGGUUGCGGUUAAUGCUGACUCCACUGUAGAUGAAUAAUAAGCCUGAGAACUCCCAACAUCGUAUUGUCAUGCAGCUCAUGUUUCCCAGCAUGCUUUUUUUAUUGUUAAGCUAAUGCUGAGACACCAUGGAUUUUAGAGGAAUGGCAAUUUCACAAUGAUGACAGGAAUGAUGCACCAUAUUGUAGUUUGAAGUUGCAACACUUAGUUGCUAGCCAAUGUGGUUUGUCCCAAAUUACAAAGAUUAGGAAUUACAGAAAAUUGCAUUGCCGAACCUUACACUUGACACAUACCUACGAACCUACUACAUGAGACAACAUAUACGAACACCCAUGACCACCAGGUUUUCACAGUAGUUUCAUGAUGCCUAAUAUAGGGUUCCAGAACCUUCCCCUUAAUAUCUACAUUGUUGUGUUUGGAACUGCCGUCUUUGUCUUCAUCCUCAGCCUCCUCUUCUGCUGUUAUUUAAUAAGGUUACGGCACCAGGCGCACAAAGAGCUAUAUGCAUACAAACAAGUCAUUCAGAAAGAAAAGGUGAAAGAGUUAAAUUUGCAUGAGAUAUGCGCCGUGUGUUUGGAGGAGUUCAAACAGAAAGACGAGCUGGGGAUUUGUCCAUGCAAACACGCAUUUCAUAGGAAAUGCCUCAUCAAGUGGCUGGAGGUGAGGAAAGUGUGCCCGCUGUGCAACAUGCCCGUCUUACAGCUUGCCCAGCAGGCAGGCACGACGGAACCUCCAGUGUCAAACCAGCAGCCUCUGCCCGGUAUCGAGAACCUGGUCUAAUGGACCUGAAGCCAACAUGAUGGUGACGCUAUAUAAAUACACACGCGCAAACAUGAUACACCUGAACAGUUGGCUGCACAGGUCCAAAUCGGACCCACCUGGUGGAAAAGACGCACUUAUCUUGACAGCAACUCAUAAAAAAGGGUUUUCCUCAUCUCACUUGGAAUGAUCAUUAUCUGGAUUAACUUUUUUUCUUCCUUUAUGGACAUGGAAAGAGACGAUGCGGUUCACAACAAAGCACUUUUUUCCUGUGGACACCAGCUGAAGAACAGAACAACAACAAACACAGCAGCCAAGAUCAACAGUACACUAAAUACUCUGUUUUUGUUUGUUAAUUUUAUUCUUGCUUUUUUUUUCUAUUUAACAAGCACUUUACAAAAAGUCAAAACCUAAUUGCUUGCAAUUUGUGAACGCAAGGAUGUUUUAUACCUGAUUUUCCACCAUUAGUUCCAUGUUCAGCAUAAAGCUUCAGAUGUUUUCCUUUUUUAUUGAUAAACUUAGACCAGAAUAACACAUUUAAAGGGACAAAAUAUUAUAGUAUACAUGCAUUUUUAUUGCUUUGCACACAUACAUGCUUGAGGGAAGCUCAAAAGUGACUUUAAUCCAAUUCUUUUAAAUGAAAGGAUAUCAUAAUGCCAAACUUUGUUAGUCAUUAUUAUUACAACGUGACAGUUAAGUAUUAUUCUGUCUGUCUAGAUAAGUAUUUCACACACACCAAAAAAAAAAAAAACAUCUUUAUCUUUCUUCACUUAGUGGAUGUGCGAUGUAAGCGGGUGCACAAAUUUACUCGACCACAGAGUACCAACCGUCUUGCAUUGGUAAGUGUAGUUGUAAAAAUAUGUUUGGUGUUUUUUUCCCCUCGCCUAUUCUUACUGUCAAUUGUGACGCAUGCAGUCAGUCCAAGUAAAACUCAUCACAGCCACCUAGUGGAAGUAGGGGAGCGAGGUCUGAGAUGUUAAUUUGUGUGUUGUCUGUGUUUGGGGGGAUCACUAGUUGAUGAGAUGUUAAAUGUUAACUUUAUAGUCUAAUAAUGUCACAUAACAAGGCACUGUUUUAUUUUGAUCAUGAAGAAAAACAACAACCAAAGUUAAAAUAGAAACAUUAGGUCACAUUCUGUGAAUAUUUAAAGAAGAAUUAGAGUGUAUCCGACUUAAAAUAUACUGUUACCUGGAUGAAUUGGACUCUGUCAUUCACCCAAAUUUGUUAAAGCAGCACAAAAUGUAUUAGGAAAUGCCUAUUCAAAUGCAUUUAUGGUUCAUUUAUGACAAUAUGAAUAUGGUCCAAGAGCACCUGCCGAGGGAGUUGCCCCAUGCUAGGGUCAGCGCUCACUGGAUGUAAUGAAGCAGCAUUUCCAUUCACAGGCACAGGAUGCAUCAUUCUAGUGCUUUCGCUUCUCACUCUUUCUGUGCAGUACAUUUAUGUUUGUUUUGGACCAUGAACCCUGCAUUUUGUUUGGUUUUUGUGUGCCAGGUUGUGAGAUGCUACAGGAAAAAAUGUUGAUCGUUUUUGUAAGCAGCCAUUUUUUUGUUGUUUGUUUGUUUUACAUAAAUAAAGGCACAGUUAGUAACAUCCCAAAAAGUGACAUCGCAAAGAAAAAGUUUGAAAAAACAAACAAACAAACAAAUAUCUGAAGUUUAAAUGGAUCAAUCUAACGUUAAUUCAUUAGAAAUUAAUAAUAGACCUACCUCAAGGCUGCGACGACAUAUCACAGUUAUAGUAUGUGGAGGACAAUUACAGAAAUUGUUCAUCAAAAGAUUGCGGCUGCACUUUUCUCUACAAAUUUACAUAAAAAACAGCGCUUAACACUAUUUCUCCUGCUGUCUGUGUGCUGUGCUGUCCACAAAUUACAAGAAAUAGACAAAGAAAAUUUUGUUGUUACCCGUUCUCAUUUUGAUUGCUGUAUUAGUUGGCAAUGGUAGGUUGCUAAUUAGCACAGCUCACAUGUUCAUUAUUUUGCCAUUUAGAAGAAGUUGGAGACAGCUAAGAAAUUUCUAACAUAACAGACGGCACGAGAAAUCAGCAUCUAGCAGUUUUGGUAUGUAAAUUUGUAGUGAUAACAAAUGCAGUCGCAAUCUUCCGACAGACAGUUUCGGUAAUUGAACUAAUAAAAUAGUGAGUAACAAAUGUAGUUUGGAGGCAGCAUACGCACAUGUGUAAGAACUGAAUGUGAAGCGAUUACGUCCAAAUUAAUUCCUGACAAAUGAGAAUGCAGUUGGGUCGCACAUGGCUUUUGUUUACAGUUUAACCAAAACGGUUGCCUUGUGAACACAAAUGCCCAAAUGGAAAAAGACGCAACUGUAUCGAUUUAGCCCCUGGAUUGUAAGAAAAUAAACGUAUCGCCUAUCUUAUAAGCAGCCCAAUUGAGGGAAUGACUAUUGUAAGAAAAACAUGCAUCAAAACAUCAAAAUCCAUACAUUUCUCUCUCUGUCAUUUGCUUAUUGUGGAGUUUAACUGGGGAAAUGACUGACUGUGCCUUCAACAUGAUCUAACUUUAGGCUGCCCAGUUUACGCAUUCAUGACAACUGGCUUAAAAAUGUGUCAUGCGGGGUGCCAAUAUCUUCCAACGAUCCAACUCGGUUUUCCACAUCCAACAACUUUGGGAACAACUGUUUAUUCCACCCUGACUUUUUCAGAACAAAAAAACAUAUUCUUAGUUUCUUUACUUUUUCUUAGGUCAUAGUUUCCCUUAUGAACAUGAAUCAAAAAGCUUUUUGCCAUGAAAUGUUAUGCCUGAUUCAGUAACUGUUGACAACUUCCAAAAAUGUAGCCACCAACUCAGAGAACAAAAUGGCAGUUAAUUUCAUUUUUCUUUUCGUCUUUUUUUUUAUAUGUAUCUCUUUAACAGUUGUGUCACUCAAAUGUUACAUGAUUCAUUGUUACAGUAUUUGUAAUUGACUAGUAACAACACAAGUCGUUCGUCAUUGAAUGUGUCCCACAUGGUUCAAUUUGUCAAUGCAUGAUGUCUACUGAUCAUCACCACUGUAAUGUUUUAACAGAUCAUGUGUAUGGAUGCAACAAAAUUAUCUUCAAACCGUGAUAGAAUAGUCACUCUUACCACAGCCCUUCACUUAUGAUAAAUUCAUAUUGGUAUUCGUAUAGGCUUUUGCUGAUUUUCAUCAAAAGAGUUGAAAUUUGUUGAUUUUGGCCCAACUAUCCUUGUGUGUAUAAAAAUGCCAAAUUAGGCCUGAAUAACAUUGUAUGUGUACCCUGCUUUAAGUGAUACUUUUCUCAUAUUAAUAGGUGUUGUAAUACGGAAAUGUAAACGCCACAAAUAUUCCAAUUGCAAUCUACAGUAAGUGCCAAAGGAAUUAAAAGAAAGAACAUUUCUGCAUUUUUCUAUAAAAGUGAUAGAAAAGCGCAAAGUAAUGUACCCAUGGAUACUGAAGAGUGUUGCUCAGGAGUUUUUGUUUUGAAUCUCUGUGGAUACUUGAGGGUCAAGCACACUCAUUAUUUAUUCCUCUGUACCUUUCUUGUAUCCCCCACACACAGCAAACCAUGGAAAAAUAAUAACAAUAUUCAGUAUAAUAACCUUGACUUUGUUGUUAACACAGAUGUUCUGUUUGUGGACUUUCACAGACAUUUGUUUGUAUUACUAAAAAUUCUGCAGCAGAAUAUUUUUGGAGCUAAUAAUAAUAGCUGUACAGUAUUUGUAAGCUCUAUUUUUGUAUGCGUAUUGCUAUUUUAAGAGGAAAAGAAUACUGUGAUUUUUUUUCCCCUUGUGUUUCUAUUUGGCUAAUUACAUGGUUGUUCGUUUUAAAAGGAAAACAAUUGCAUGUGACUGACUUGAACGGUAAUAAAGUU